UGCUUUAGAGGGAGUGGCUAGGUGUCUGCAAGCUCAUCAAGGGCAAAUGAUGUUCCGAGUCUUGUUCUACUGCUGUCUGCUCUAUUUCUCCUCCAGUGUAGAGUCCACACCGCUAGAUGACUAUGUGAAUAAACCUGACCCUACCUAUAAGUACCAGUUAAUAGGAGAGCCUGAGAGAAAUGAUGGAUAUACAACUUACUACAUAAACUUGACCUCUCAAACGUGGCUUGACGCUGCAACUUGUGAUAGAUCAGUUUGGUGGCAUUUCUUAGUUAUUAAUGUACCUGAUAAAGUUAAAUCAACUGAUACUGCAUUCAUUUAUGUGACUGGUGGAUCUAACACCAAUACAGAUCUUCCUAGUCCCAGUAGUGAGGAUUUACUGCUUCCAAGAGUGCUUUCUAUCACAACAGGAUCCGUGACAGCGACUCUCUUUCAGAUUCCAAAUCAACCAAUAACAUUUACAGCUGACCCAAUGCAAAAGAGAAGGAGUGAAGAUGCCAUCAUUGCCUUCACUUGGUACUACUACUCACAAGUCAUUGACACUAAGGAUCCUGAAUGGCUACUGAGACUACCAAUGACUAAAGCUGUUGUACGAGCUAUGGACACUGUCACUGAUUUUGUAAAUAAGAAAGAAAAGUCAUUUGACGUCCAGAAAUUUGUAAUAGCAGGAGCCUCCAAACGUGGGUGGACUACAUGGACUACUGGUGCUGUUGAUAAGAGAGUGGUUGCUAUAGUACCAAUAGUAAUGGACCUACUGAAUAUGGUUAAGAACCUGCACCAUCACUACAGGUCACUGGGUGGGUGGACCUUUGCCUUUAAUGAUUAUUAUGACCUCAAUGUAACUGAGCACCUUGAUGAUCCUUCUACUCAGAAAAUAGCUUCAAUUGUUGAUCCAUAUUCUUACAUUGACAGAUAUACUAUGCCUAAGAUGAUAGUUACCACUAGUGGUGAUGAGUUCUUCUUACCUGAUGACUCUUACUACUUCUGGGAUGAUCUUAAAGGAGACAAAUAUUUGAGGACAAUGCCAAAUGCUGAGCAUUCCCUAGCUGGUCAUGCUACAAUGCUGAUGUUUGAUAUCAGAGCAUUCUAUCUCUCAAUACUAACAAAUUCCCCUCGUCCAGUAUUCAGUUGGUCACUCCAACAGAACACCACUGAUGGUAGUAUUACUCUACUGACUACUACAGAGCCACUGGAGGUGGUGGUGUAUCAUGCUAACACUAUUGGAGAUGAGAGGAGGGACUUCCGACUGCUAAUAGCAGGACCUGAUGGAAGAACUGAAGUACACCCUGUACUGUGGACCCCUACUAAACUCCAACCAGUGGCUCCUGGUAAGUAUGUUGCAAGUCGUUCUGCUCCUAAAGUUGGUUGGACUGGAUUUUUUAUCCAAGUUUCAUUCAAAGGUCCUGCUGAUAACAGUACUUAUGAGUUCACUACUCAAAUGAAUAUUAUACCAACCACCUUCCCUUUCCCCGAUUGUCAUGGUGACAGUUGCCGUGGGAAACUAGUUUAAUUUUAGCUGGAGCAUGCUAAUAUUUGUGAUCAAGUUUGAAAGUUUUAUUUCAUGAAUUUUUAUAAGUCCUCUUUGUAAUUUUAUUGUCGGUUUUAUUGUUGCUGAAUGCUGAUUUUAUUAUUAAUC